AUGACCGAGCCAACAGUGACGACGCAGAGCAAGCUACAGCUGCCGGAAGAGGUCGUGACACACCCGCUCGUGCUCCUUAGCAUCGUGGACCACUACAACCGCGUGGCGCGCGACACGAGCAAGCGCGUCGUCGGCGUGCUCCUUGGCUCGACGUUCCAUGGCAAGUGCGACAUUACCAACUCGUUUGCAGUGCCCUUUGAUGAAGACCUGCGGAAUCCCGGCAUCUGGUACCUCGACCAUGACUUUCUCGAGAACAUGUCGCAAAUGUUCAAGAAGAUUAAUGCCAAGGAGCGCAUCGUGGGCUUCUACAGCUCGGGCCCGAAGAUCCGGAAAGCGGACUUGGACAUUGACGACCUCUUCCGUCGGUACUGUCCGCAUCCAGUGCUCGUAAUCUGUGACGUGCGCUCGAACGUUGAGGGACUGCCAACUACAGCGUAUGGCUCGGUCGAGGAAGUCGAAGAGGACGGCAAGGCGAUCAAGCGCGUGUUCAAGCACAUCAAGUCGACGGUGGGUGCCUACGAAGCCGAGGAAGUUGGCGUUGAGCACUUGUUACGGGACAUUAACGAUCCGUCCGUGAGCUCCUUGGCUGGACAAGUGAAGCACAAGAUGACGGCGCUGAGUGGAUUGAAGGAGCGACUCGAGGAGAUGAAGACGUACCUUGAGAACGUCGUCGCGGGCCGCCUGCCACCGAAUUACCAGAUCAUUUACAACAUGCAGACCAUCUUCAACUUGCUGCCGAAUCUGAACGUGGACGAGCUCGUGCGGUCCAUGUUUGUAAAGACCAACGACAUGCAUUUCGUGAUCUACUUGUCCUCGCUCAUCCGCUGUACGAUCGCGCUGCAUAACCUUGUGAACAACAAGAUCAAGUACAAAGAGUCAGAGGAGGUGGGCUGCUCGGAGAAGAAGGACGAAAAGAAGGAGGUUGCUGCGACGGACAAGGCAGCCAAGGAUAAGACGAGCGACAAGACUUCUUAA